AUGCCAGUGCGUAGGCCAGGCGGGAAGUACCGGGGCCAGAAUCUCAGAUAUUUCCACCAAUCGCUUCGUCGCUUCGUGUGUUGCAACGGGUUUCGUGUGGAGAUGGAAGCCAGCCUCAUUGCCCGAAACAAGUCCGAUGCCGACCUCGCCAAAGAAGCCCGCGAACGUUUGCGCCGGGCCACAGAGGCGGCCAUCCGUCGUGGAAAGGCACGCUCCAGGCGACAAGAGGAGGGUCAAGGCUCGCACUCCAAGAGCUUGCAGAGGGCGCAGGAUGAGAUGGAAUCUGAAAAGCAACAGCGAAUCCUCAACAUGCUCAUGGGAGGCAAACGAGGCAAUCUCAAGAAGUUCUUUAUGGCCUGGAUCACCGGCAUGGAGCUCCUCAAGAAGGAAGAUGUGAUCCAUGAAAGAGAAGUGGCGUGGCAAGCCACGUGCCACAAGGACUCGAUUGGCAGAUGUUCAGCUGCAGCGAGGCUGCGUCCCACCUUGUUCGAGCUACCUUUCGAUGCUUUGUCCGCGGCUUUAAAGACAGGUAGCUUGACCGGCGGUUUGGAAAGCCCUAGCUUUCCACGACGUUUGUGGAAUAGUGUGGGUUCUUUGCGACCCCAAAGUGUAGGAAAUCUGCAGGACAUGUUUCGACGCCAAGAAGUGACGGUUAGAGAGGAGGGUUCUUGUGAACCACGUGCCGUAACGGCACCUCUGGCAGAGCCCAAAGCGGCGUGGAUCUUGGGCGGCGACGCGGUCAUGCAUUACAAGAGCGGUCGAAAGUACAAGCUGGACCCCUUGUCUAUGCGCAUCGCUCCCUUUUCGGAUAGCAAGAUGGAGAAACAUGCAGAGAAGCCAAAUCUGGUGAGUGCUUUGGCCACUUCGGAGGGCCGCACUCUGCGUGCUUCGGCUUCGGUGCAUUUCGACGACGUGCCGCAGCCGCAGCGGAAGGGUCCAACCAGGGAGGCCUGGGCUUCGGUGCUAUGAGGAAGCCCCCGACCGCUGACGCACGGGUUCUGAAAAUGGUGGCUACCCAACUCCGAAAGCGAAUUGAA